CCUUUCUCAUAUCAAAACAUCCUAACCAUUCCCACCCCCCACGUUCUCUCUAUGUAAUUUCCUUCUCUUUUUUUCUUCUACUCUUUGCUUUCAUCAUACAUACUUAAAAUAUAUAAUCUCAUUCAACAUGAAGUAUUCCAGCCUACUGAUGCUCACGGUAGUCGCAGCCGGUGUCCAUGCAUGUAACCCAGUAUAUGAAAUGUGUAUGAAAACAGCACAGAGUGCAGUGGACGCAUGCAAAACGGGCGGAUACGACUCGAUACCUUCUUGUGCCUGCUCGGCUGAAAAGCAAGUACUCGCUUGCUUUUCGGAAUGUCCUCAAAAUGAACAAAUCUUUGAUCAGGAAGAGAAACAAAUGACACGUAUAUCAGAUAUCUGCGGUCGCUCAGGAGCUGAAGCCGAAGACGUCGAGCAAAAGGAUCAUGAUGGCAGACAGCAGGAAAAUAGUGGUGCUGAACAGCAAGUGACUAUAGGUGAACAAGAAGAAGAAGAAGAAGAAGAAGAGAUCCUACAACCGGCUCAAAAAGACAAUAAGAAGCAGCAAAAGGAGGACGAGAAGAAGGAUCAAACAGUCCAUGCAGCAUCCAUCCCAGAACCAAUCCACAAGGAUGCUGGCAACAUAUUUGGACAGACGCAUGCAAAGCCAAACCAAGAUACUGUUAACCAACAACAGCAGCAAUCCAUGGGCCAUCCAUCCGAGUCAUCCGCUUCAGCCAUUUCAGCAGCCAUGGCCUUGAUUGGCGCAGUAUUUCCAGUUGCUGUGGUGUCAUUAAUGCUUCAACAAUAAUAAAGCCCGAAAUGCCUUUUAAGUUUCUGCAGUGUAGCAUAGUGCCUUUUUCUUUUUCCAAUCCUCCUACAAAAGCACUAAUAAUGGUUUGCAAAAAGUGUGAAAAGAAAUUGACAGCUGUAGCAGCACCUGAUAAAUGGAAAGAAGGAUCAAAGAACUCAACGGCUGGCAAAGACGAUCGUAAAGU